AUGGGAAACUCGAACAGUCACGGCAGCAGCACAUCGUACGCGACCGGCGGCGACACGCAGUCGAUACCACCGCACUCGUGGGCGUACUCGUUCCCGCGGUCACAGUACUUCAGGCAGCCGACCACCGGGCCCAAAGUACUGCCGGCGCACGUGCCUGGCCAACAACGGCCGCGACUCAGGGCCACCGAAAACGGGUCCAUGCUGCACGCGGCAGGCACCAUAAACGGUAAACGGCCGUACGAGUAUUCGCACCGGGACGACAUACAACAUGGAUAUGGAUACGAGAUUCAAAGACACGUGCCUAGGGAUGGAAGACGAGAUCGUAUGGGGUACAAUAUGUAUACUAGCGAACCAGACUUAAGGUUUUCAGACUCCCGCCAACUGCCACCGAUGGGUUACCAACAUCAUCACAAUCACGGAGACAAUGGCGCUGUCAAGGGUAGGAUGUCCCGCUCUAAAAAGAAGUACAGAGCUCCUCAAGUGCCUCCGUCUUCGUCACAUCAUAAUGGAAUGGACAGCUCUUCGCCUGACUCGUAUCAACAUUGGGAAAACCACAGGGAUAAUAGUAGAUCUAGUCAAAACAAUGGUAUGCCAAGAUUGAGAUUAUUUAAGACUAGAGCUGAGACAAAACAUAAGCUCAGUAGAGACGAAUUAAAAAACGCAGAGUUUCAGCCUGAAGUUAAACCACAACCUAGCAAUCUACAUCGGAGCAUGUCUUCCCCUCAAUUUCAAGCUGAAUUGAAACGCGUGACAGAAAGGCUGAGAGAAAAAGAAUUCCGUCAUCCGCCCGUUGGCCGCGCUUCGGAGAGCUCGUCCAAUCCGGCUUCCGAGGAACGGGCAGCGGUUGUGGUCGCUGACAUUGACAAACAUCGCGAGAGCCCGGUGAACUCGAACAGACAACGAUUAAUGGCCGACCGGGCCAAACGGAUGUCCAGGUCGAUACCGAAUCUCGCUACAAAAGUACAAGAAGACGAUGACGUCCGAUGCACGGGCGAGGGUUCGUCAGCCACGGGUUCCAAUGACGAGAACAAGAUCCAUGAUAAGAGAGCUAAGCCGAAAACAAGCGUGCCAGAUAUUAAACCGAAAACAUUCUAUUUCGGUAUGAACGAGUUCAAUGAUACGACAAAGACCAGUAGAACCUCUGAAGACGUCGAUCGAUUCGCUGAGAGCUUUAAUAAAACGAACGGUUCGCCUUCUGAUAGCAUUGCUAGCAGUGACCCAACAGAUGAGAGCGGUGGUGACAUAUCUCUUCAACUAAGACCUACACUUCCAAGAAAACAGUUUGACAUCCCUAGAUUUAGUCCAACAGCUGCUUGGCGCUUGCUUACUGCUUUAGAAAGUCCUUCACCAGUUAGUCCUAAUUGCAGCGGUGGAGAGGAAGAUUUAAUACCAAUUAUAGAUCAACCUCAUAAUUCCGGUGAUAAAUCUGGAGAUAGCGGUAUUUCUGGAGAUGCUAGUCCUAAUUCAGCCCAUAAUUCACAGGUUGCUUGGACUCCACAGCAAGACUUAGAAGAAACAAGUUCAGAUGGAGGAUUGGAGGAUUCGGCACCAGUUUCACCUCAAAGUUUGGAUACCACACAGUUUUCAAGAACUCGUACAGUCGCUAAGCCAAGUUUCUGUCUAUCCCUACCCAGAGAGGAAAGUACAGGGAUUGAUAAGAGAUAUGGACAAUUAAAUGAAGAUUUUUCACCAAUGAACCCACCCAAAUCUAGUGGUUACUUCAAAUCUAAAUUAAAUAGAGGAAAAGCAUCGACAGAUAGAAGCAAAUCACAGUUGGAUGAAAACUGGGUAUUGAGUAGAAGUGUACCAGAUUCAUUGCAUCAAUCAGGUUUAGUUGGCAAUUUUCCAUCACAAAACUGGAGUCAGUUGGAAUGUCAAAAUGGAGAUGAACCUUCUGAUGAAGAAUUAGCUAUGUCAUCUUUACCAAAGUUUUCAUAUUUAGCUGCAGGCAGACGAGCUAUGUAUUUGCCAGAAUAUAAAUCAUUGAACUAUUUAUAUCAAAAGGAUAUAAAAAAUGUGCCUGAAAAUAAAGCUAUUGUAUCAAAGUCAUGUGAGGACCUCACAAGAGACGACCUGGAUGAUGAAGAGUUACCAGUCAUAAAUGAAAGAACAAAACAACAAAAAUCAUCAAAUAAAAAGUUUGCAUUUCAAAGUACAAUAAGGCAAAUUGAACGAAAGAAAAUAGCUGAAAAAUUAUCAAAGGAAGCAGAGUACAAAGAACGCCAGAGACUCAGUGAAAUGGAAGCUAUGCGUCGAGUGGAAGAAGAGUUUCAACGAAAACGAGAAAGAGAAAAAGCAGAUAUUCGACAACAGUUGAGACUGUACACGUUAACACAAGGUGAUAGAGAACCAGCACAACCUCUCCCUUCUGGUACUCAAGUACUCUCUGAAUUUCGGGAGUCAAGGCGCGACUACAAAGAUUUUAACUCUUCCAGAGUUGAACAUGAACCCAAUAAUCGUUCAGAAACUCCAGUAAAAAAAUCAACAACUGUGCAUCCAAAAGUUGUAUACCAAAUGCCCAAAAGUACUCCGGUGUAUGUGACACCAAAUACUGUACGUAAGCAAUGCAAUGGAACUGAAAAAGGAUCAUCAACACCUACAUCUGGUAACUACAGAAGAGACUUUGCUCAAGGGGCCCUACCACAUUCUGUGGCAAGUUCGGACUCAGAAGUGUCUGUGUCGAUUACUCGACCAACUUCACGUACAAAGCACAGAAGCAGAUCAGCCAGUCCAAUAUCUGAUCGGGAAAACAACGACAUUGGAAUAAAUCUUGAUUACAUACAUAUCAUAAAAAGCUUAAAGCAAAAACAAAAUAACGAAAUAGAAUUAAAUGAAGUUACCAAUGAAAAGAUUCCGGCUAGUUCUAUAGUCGGUGUAAAUUCACUACAACCAUUUAUGAAAAAUAAAAAUUCAAUGUACAAACCUAUUGUUUUCAAUCCGAUAAACAAGAACAAAUUUGCUCAACCAUUGAUGUAG